AUGGUGAGAGAAGCUAAGGAUUCCUUGCAGCCCGGGCUUGCGAACCCAAACUACACAAAGUGGCUCCUCGACGCCAUCCGCAAGAUCAAGCACCAAAAACAAAGGCCGAGCAUUGACAGGAUCUGCAAUGCUGUGCGCCAGUUCCACAAGGUGAGCCGCGAUACAAUCGAGCAUCAACUGGAGUUGUGCGUCAAAGAAGGAACGGUCCUUAAGGUUUACAACAAGGGGCUGUGUUCCUACAAGGACCCCAAACGAGUGUCCCAACUGAAAAGUCGCACGCUCAAGAUUGGUAAGGGCUCCGAUCUGGUCAAUUUGAUUGUCAAAUCGGUGAAGGAACUUGGCGAGAUCGGCGGCUCCAAUCUGAAAAACAUCGAGAAGUACAUAUGCCGCAGUUACAAUGUCGACUUGCCGGACGGCAUAAACCUUAAUCAGCAACUCAAGUUGUGGCUCAAGAAAGGGAUCAAAUCUGGUCGUUUGGUCCAGUAUGGCCGACUGAUUAGAGUCGGUUACAGCAGCGGCGAGUCUGAUUCGGUGGAGGGCAGCAGUGAAGGUGGCAGUGUGGCCCCUGCUGGUCAUUUGGAUGAUGAAAUGUCGUCUGUCAGAAGCGACAAUUCGCUGACAUUCGCCGCAAAAGCCAGCAAGAAACGAGCCCAACCUAUUCCACUUUGUAGCUUUUGUUUAGGAACUGUCGAUCAAAAUCGGAAUAGUGUACCUGAGGAAUUGAUCUCAUGUGCUGAUUGUGGAAAUAGUGGUCACCCCUCUUGCUUAAAAUUCUCCAGUGAUCUUACAUCGAAAGUAAAAACAUUGCGGUGGCAAUGUAUAGAAUGUAAAAUGUGUUCUUUUUGUGGAAAGUCAGGAAAAGAGGAUAUGUUGUUCUGUGAUUCUUGUGACAGAGGCUUUCAUAUGGAAUGCUGUGAUCCACCUCUGUCCAGAGCCCCAAAAGGUUCUUGGAUUUGCAAAAUAUGUGAUCCAAGAAGUAGCAAACGGGGCAGAAAAUGUAAUGAUAUGGCAGCUAAAUUACCCAGGAACAACCCCAAAUCUAUGAGAAAUGGGACAGAUAGAGUAUCAUUGAGAACAAGUACUAAAAAUGGCUCAAUCAAGCAGUAUGCUUGCCAAAGAUUACCUACACAGCAGCAGCCACCAUCUAGGGGGACUACUGGUACUGGUAGCAGCCAGUCACGACAUAAGGGACAGCGCAACAAAAGCACUUCUUCAACGUCUCCUCCUCCUCCUCCUCCACCCAGUAGUUGCAGUGCGGGUCCAUGCCAAAGGGGCCAACUUCCUAAUCAACAUCUUCAACACCACCAAAAUCAUCCUGGUAAAGUACCACCUAUUGAACAAAAUGGCGAACAGUGUUCAUCGUCUGAGAGCGAGCCAGAAACUGAUCAAGGGGAGCUCCUGGGCCAAGCUGUUUUGCCAUUCGAGAACAAGCUCAACAAACCCAAAGGCCUUAUUGAUGGCUUAUCUCGUUUCUUCACUCCCUCAAAUAAGCGUAAAUCACGGGUAUCUUUGAACACCUGUAACACAAACUCCUCCUCUUCUUCUUCAUUGUCCUCCUCUUCCUCUUCCUCCUCUUCCUCAUGUGUAAAAUUACAGAACAAGUCUAAAUUGUCAUCCCAGUCCCAGAGUAACUCUCAGCAGGCGGCUAGUAAAUUGUUAAAAAAGUCCAAACUCUUACAAGCCAACAAAGGCCGCAAGAAAGUGGAUGGACCACCUGGUAGUGGACAACUGAAAGGGCUGUUUGAUGGUUUGUCUCACCUCUUUACUGCACAGGGAGAAUCCAGGAAACGUAAUAUACCUGUGUACACUCCCCCUCGAAGAAUACGUAGAAUAAGACAUGUGGAGGAACUGCCUACAACCACUACAGAUGAAUCAACAAACACCGGUCACUUACCAUCUAGUACUGUAGUUACCUCCCCUGCACUUGUGGGGGGUCGGGGCACUAUUAUUGUGGGACACACUGCCACUCAAGAUAGUCCAGUAUCAACACCGACACCGUCCAGGAGGGGUCGGGGUAGAGGGAGGGGUCGUAAUUACUCAAAACCUGAUCUUGCAGCACCUGGAGGUCUUGUUGCCACCGCUACUACUACUGCCACCACCACCACUACAACCACUACUACUACCACCACCACCACCACCACCACUACUACCAACACUACUCCCUCAGCCGACAAGCGACAACGCCAAGUCAGAGACAUACCCACCUCAACUGACACACCAGCAACAGGGAGAGUGCGAGGGCGAGGACGGCCCCGGCCCUCCGAUUCUUCUGAAGCUAGUCGAGCCACAGCAGCUCUAGCACUGCCUCCUGGAGUCACAGAGAAAGAUGUGGACUUAUUUAAACGUGCUCAGGAAAAAGCUCAGCAAGCCCUACUUGAGGCAUCUUGCAAUGGGUCCGAUAAGAAAAAUACAGCCAAUGGCAGCAGCAGUGGUGGCAGCAACACCAACAACAGCAGCAGUAGUAGUAGUAGCAGUAGUAGUAGCAGUAGUAGUAGUAGUAGUAGUAGUUCAUCUGGUAGUGGUGCAAGCACUUCUGUCACUGCUUCCACUCACAGUACUGCUUCUGCUUCUGCAGCUGCAGCUGCUGCUGCUGCCAUCACCACUGCAACACCUACAUGUCCAAGCUCACCUUCAUCAUCUCAUACACCUCCAGAUACUCAGGGACGCUUUCCUCCAUGUAUAGAAUUUGGAAAAUAUGAAAUUCAAACCUGGUAUUCCUCACCAUAUCCUCAAGAAUAUGCUAGAUUACCAAAAUUGUACAUAUGUGAAUUUUGUUUAAAGUUUAUGAAAAGUCGGAGUAUAUUACAAAGGCAUAUGGAUAAAUGUGGUUUGGAUCAUCCGCCAGCCAAUGAGAUCUAUCGGAAAGAUGACUUGUCAGUAUUUGAGGUUGAUGGUAAUGUGAGCAAGAUAUACUGCCAAAAUUUGUGCCUCUUGGCAAAGCUGUUUCUUGACCACAAGACACUUUAUUAUGAUGUUGAACCAUUCCUAUUUUAUGUACUUACAUUUAAUGACAACACAGGUUGCCAUAUAAUAGGCUAUUUUUCUAAGGAAAAACAUUGUCAGCAAAAAUACAAUGUAUCUUGUAUUAUGACUAUACCACCAUAUCAAAGAAAAGGCUAUGGUCGAUUCUUGAUAGAUUUCAGUUAUUUGUUAUCUCGGGUAGAAGGGCAACCUGGAUCCCCUGAAAAACCAUUGUCAGAAUUAGGGAAAGUCAGUUAUCAAGCCUAUUGGAAAAGUGUCAUGAUUGAGUACCUGUAUCGAUCUAAGGAUUCUAAAAUCACAAUCAAAGCUAUCAGCCGUGCCACAGGAAUGGAUCCUCAUGAUAUUGCUACAGCACUUACAGCUCUCAAUUUGGUCAUUAAAAAAGAUGACAAAGUUGUUAUCCUGGUGAAUAGGAAACUAAUCAAUGAACAUAUGCAGAAGUUAAAAUCCAAAUUGCAGCAACGAAUUGAUGUAGACCCUGACUGCUUGCGGUGGACACCUCUUAUUUCUACUCAGCUUUUAUUAGAGGAAGAAAAACGAGCAGAAAAAGAGUAUGUGACCGUGGUAGCUGGCGAAUACAGGAAGACUGGGCGUUGUGGUUACCACCCUCUGCCGCCGGUUGCACAUGGCAGCCCCCGGCACUUUCGGCUCACACACGAGCUGAAGGAAAUGUCUCAACUUGUCAACAGCAUUGAUGAAGAAGAAGAAGAGGAAGAGGAGGAAGAAGAAGAAAAAGAAAAGGAAAAGAAAUUAGCAGGUGAAUCUGUAGAGUCUGCUGCAGUUGCAGCCACUGCUGCUACUGUUAAUGAUGACAAUGAUUCUGCAUUAACAGAAUCUAAAAGACCCUGCAAGAAGAAAAGUGAACUGGAACAAAUUGUUGCAGUUUCCCAGCGAAGGAAGCCUGGCAGGAAACCUAAGGGAGGACGUAAACGAAAAAUCACCACACGAUCAGCUACAGACCAAGAACCAAAGAGAUUAAAAACUGAUGAAACAAUAGCCAAAAAAGAAAAUGGUCCUACUGAAGGCAGAACUACCAGACGGUCACAUCAACUUGCCAAGAAAAUGUCAAGUACUUCUCCAGUAAAAGAGCCUGUCUCUAAAAAAGAUUCUGAGAAUUCGCUUGAUGAUACUAGUCAAACAGCAACUUCAGAUCAGUCCACAUCAUCAGUUAAUGAGAAGAAAAGAGGAAAUUGCAAAGAAUCUGCUCCUGUUGCUGCUCCACAGCAUGAAACAUUAAACAAAAAAGAAGGAACCUCACAACCUGAACGCAAGAAAACGAGAGGUUGGCCCAAGGGUGUAAAGAGAGGCCCUCCUACCAGGCGGCAUGGAAGGCGACAUGGAAGACGGCGAGGAAGACCAACUAAGAUGUUGCAUCGAAAAUUUGCUGAGACCACCCCCAGCACCACAAGUGAAGGCAACAUUGCCACAGAUGAGCAGCAAGAUCAAGAUCAGAAUCAAGAUCAAGAUCAGCAACAACAGGAACAGGAGCAGCAGCAACAGCAACCACAAGAAGAAGAACAGCAGCAACAAGAACAGCAGCAACAGCAGCAGUCCCCUGUGGAAGAAGAGAGCCCUGAACCAGAAUCGGAGAACACGAGUGGCAGCAAUACAAACAAUGAACCAACAAUAGAAGAAACUGCAGAUAAAAUAGAUGAUGUGGACAAAAGCCAGUUGCCUGUGAAAGCCUAUGAAGAAGAGGAGCAGCCAUGUGUAGAACCUGCAACUAGCCAUCAAGCUGUUGUGUCUUGCUCUGAUGAAGACGAAGAUGAUGAGGAUGACGAUGAUGAAGAGGAGGAAGAGGAAACACCUGUGGUAGAAUCUGUGAUGUCUCCACCUGCAGCAUCAACUGAACCCAACUGCCUUGAUCCUUUGCCUGCUUCUGAGCAAAAUCUGCAAGAAUUACAGAAUACUACAAUUAAGUCGCCAGCAAAUCAGCUUGAGUCUGAAGAUGAGAAAGAUGAUGAUGAUUUGAGCAAACCUGACAACGAGCAUUUGGUUAAGCAACCAACUUGUAACAACCAGUCUGAUGAAGAGGAUGGUGAUGGUGAUGAUGAAGAUGAUGAUGAUGAAGAGGAAGAUGGCGAUUCUAGUUCGGCCGAAGAGGAAGAUACUAAUCGGUCGGAUAUAGAACUUGAACCUUACACCCAGCCAAAUGCUAUUGUCAGUGAUAUUGAUGAUAGUCCAGCUCCUCUGACGCCUCCAGUCAGGACUCCAUCACCUGAAGAAGAAUCUCCAAUUUCAUCACCUCCCUGUCCUUCUCCAGCUGAAGGCAUCACCUCACUUAACCAGAAAAAGAUUGAUAUGGAAACUCUUGAGGCUGAAGGGCCUCUUCCUUUGUCUGUGACAGCACCACAGUCUUCAUCUCCUGUUGCUGCUGAAGAUACGCCGGGUAUUAGAGAGGACGAGUUAUCACAUGAUUCUAUUGAUGAUGAUAACAGCCCUGAUGCUGAUAUUCCAAGUGAUGAUAAUUUCCAAGACUUCAGCAGUGACAAUAACACUGUGCAGGGACCACUGAAUGGCCCACAGAAUUUUGAUGUUCUUGCUAAGGAAUUGCAUAAAAACUUUGAAAUUGAAAACAAUACAACUGGAGAUUUGGGUAAUGACCAACCACUUCCAGCACAGCAAGAAAAUUUAAAUAUGAACAGUUUAGAGGCUCCUCCUUCGGCUGCCUCAGGAGCAUCUCAAAACCAAAGCUGCAACAAUGUGGGUGGUGUAUUUACACCAACCCCUAGCAAUACAAUCAAUAAUGUCCCCAAUACAAAUCUUUCAAAUGGAGGAUUUGGAGCUGUGGAUAUAGAUGUCACUCAACUAGGACUAGAAUCACCCACGUCAAUAAGCAGCAAUGAAAUGCCUGUCAGUUCUGUGGAAACAACGCCUACUCCAAACUUUCCUGACUGUGCUCAAGUGCAGAGUUUUUGUAAUAACUCUGGGCCAGGACGUUUUAUGGACACUGUCAACUCUCCGCAACCAGUGAGUAGCACCGGUUCCUAUAUGCCUCCCAACACCACAGUCAACUACUGUCAUUCUGUAACUACAUAUACUGCUCCUUCAGUGCUCCUGCCACAGAAUACACAACGGCUCAGCCACACGUCACCACCCUGCAGUUUGCAGCAUGCCAGACAAAGUCCGAAUUAUCAGACGAACGCAAGUUGCAGUCUGGCCAAACUGCAGCAGUUGACUAAUGGCAUAAUGGAAAUUGUUCCUGAAAAUACAAUGACCCCACCUCCAAAUUUAACGCCACCCCCUGUGAAUAUGACUCCACCCCCAACUAUGGUACGAAAUAUGGCAACGCCUCCCAUCCCUACCCUACAACCCCAGAUGAACCAACAAUACAAACAAUUUCAACGCCGGCCAUCUAAUGUCCGCAAGAGUCCCAACGUGCCGAACGUGACGGUCAAUCCGAACAUGACAUUUUCCCCUAAUGUGACUAUCCCCCAACCAGGCAUGAUUGCACGCUACAAUGUCAUUAAUGGCUAUCGCAUGCAGCAAUCCAUGAUCAACCCUGGUUAUAUCUCCAACCCCAGUUUCAUCAACCAAUCACAAUUGCCAGUACAAAUGAGUGUCGUUAAUAUGCAUGCUAACCAACCAUUUCAACAACAAAUCCAACCUUCACAAUCGAACAAUCCUGUUUAUACAACAUAUGGUUACCUAAAUGCAGGCCUCUCGGCACCAGCACUCAAUAUGAAUAUGAGGCGGUAG